GACGGAUCGCUAUAUAAGCUCGAAGCCUAGGCCUCACUCGGACCCAGAAGUUCACCGACAAACGAAUGACAACAAGCGCGGGCAAAGUUCCUGCUGCCCAUCCCAACAAUUCCCUGGUCCUUUGCCAAUCGUCAUUGCAGAUAGUGCCUAGAUUCCAUUUACCGAAACCGAAUUCCCUUCAAAGUCUACCUCUACCUCAACCUCAACCUCCCAUCUUCCCUUCUCUUCGCUGGUCAGAUGAUAUUCAAAGGCGAAUACACUACGGACAGGUCUCGACCCUCAACGAGAACCCUGAAAAGUAAAUCCCUGAACCUCACCUCACACCUCGUUCACGGAGGCUACUAUCGCUCAAAUCCCGCUGGCCUCAAUGGAUCGUCGCCCGGGUUUUGUUCAGAUCGUUUUCGCUCUGGUGUCGUCUCUUCUCUUUACAUUCUCUAUCACCGAAAAACGGUCCUCUCUUUUUUCGGCACCAAGUUCUUCGCUUUUAUAUCUCCCAUCACCACACCAUCACCAUCACAAUGUCUGCCUAUCCCCCUCACAGCGGCAUUCAAGCCGAACGGGCAGCACACCGAGGCCUCACUCAUCCAGGUAUACACAAAGCGAAGCUCCACAUUCCCGCUUGAACCGCCAGAACACGUCUCAAGAACCGGGAGGAUAUAUAUACAACACGUGAAGUUGUGCCUGGGCCCCACGAGAAAGGAUUCAGAUACACCCGGUAGCCCUCACAAGCCUUCUGGGGAUUACACGCAUACCGGCAUCAAGUCACACAGCUACCACCACCACGCCUCCUCCAAGCUUCAUCCACAUCCUAAGGCAAUCGACACACGAACCAAAGUCAAAGUCAUAAGCCUGACUGAUAGGCACACAUCAUCCGCUCUCCCAAACACACCGACAUUCUCAAGGUAUUACGAACGAAAAAGCAUACUUUGUAUUCCCUAUACAUAACGCCGUUCUCUCCGUUUCCCCAGUCCAGGCCCCCAAGCCAAAGGUAGUAUCUUUCUAUAAGCUCUCUGUGCUUUGCGCUGAAAUUUGCCCCCAGACCACACCGGAGCUCCAUGUAGACCCAUGACCGAGGGUGGGGUCGGUGGUCCUUGUUUUGACUUUUCCCCCUCAAGAGUCGUCACAUGGACCCGGAUCAAGAAAAACAACAACCAAAAAAAGCUAGAAAGAAAAAUUCGUCUUGUUGCAUCAGAUGGCUCUCUCUCUAAGCACAUUCGGCUCCGCCUCAGAACGAAAAGCCGUGCUGUUCAAGAUUGCUCUUUAGGGUAUCUUGACCAAAUUCUGCUCC